AUGGCGAGAGGCGGCAACAACAAUAACAACAACUCGCAACCACCGACCAUGGAGGAGAUGAUGGCCAUGAUCAAUGGUCUAAGGGAGGAUAAUGCACACUCCAGGGAGAGAGAGGAGGCCAUUCAGCGCGAAAACGAAGAGAUCAGGAGGAAAGCGGAUGAGUUACAGUCCAGAAUAGAAGCCAGCACCAGGCUAGCAGAGGAGGAUGUCGUGUUGGAAGUCCCCAGGGAUUUUCGGCCUUUCUUGGAAGCCAUAGAAGCCGAGGCCAUCCCUAGGGAUCAUCGUAUACCACAGGUCAAGCCUUUCGAUGGAUUGCAGGAUCCUAGUCAACAUCUAACGGACUUCCGAGCUCAGAUGUUGAUUUGCGGAGGGAGCAUGGAAGUCCGUUGCAAACUGUUUAUGGGAACACUCAAGAAGGCGGCACUUGAUUGGUUCAGCGGCCUCCCUGAUCGAUCAAUCACCGACUUCGACGCUUUCAGUCGGCUCUUCAUGGCACAGUUCGCCGCGAACAAGAAGAAGCCACCGAUUACGUCGGACUUAUUCGACCACAAGCAACAACGGGAGGAGUCGUUGAAGGACUUCCUGCAGCGUUUCAAUGAAGUCGCCUUGAAGAUAGCAUCUUUGGACGAGAGGAUGGCUGUCAUCGCAUUCCAAAAGGGUCUGAGGUCUGGUGCAUUCGACGUCGCGCUAGAAAGAGCAAAUUGCCAGACGAUGUCGGAAGUAAGAGCCUUCACACUAAGCCACAUUAAGACGGAGGAGGGGCAGAUCAGUAAGAGAGCAGCGGAGAGCCGAGAGGCAGGAGGCAGUAACAAGGAAACUAACAAGCAUCUCCGAUCGCGGUCAAAUUGGAGUAAGCGACGCGAUCGCUACAACACAAAGGAGGAUAACUACCGGCAGGCCGAUCAUGUCGGUCAGCCAAGAGCCGAGUGGAGACAAAACAGGGAAGAGGAGAAGUUCACUCCGCUCAAUGUUCCCAGGCGACACCUGCUGCAUGACGUCAAUAGCGCAUCACUGUUCGAGUUCCCUGCGACGACCGACAGACAGUUGGGGCCUUAUAAAACUGAUUGGUGCGAAUUCCACCGGACCCAUGGGCACACCACCGAGAAUUGCUUCGUUCUCGGCCGACAGAUUGAGCGCCUCAUCAAGGAAGGACGCUUAAAAAAUUUCAUUGCAGGUAAACAGGAGGAGGGCCCGUCCGACAGGCGACGUAGGCGUGAAGGAGAAAACACCAGAGCAGGAAGGCGUGAAGGAAGAUCUCCCCCGAGAGAUCCUCCUGAAAAAAGUGCAGAGACUCAUCAACAAGCCGUACAUGGAGACUUCAACACCAUAGCCGGGGGAUUUGCUGGUGGAGGUCCGACUUCAGCAGCAAGGAAGAGAUACUCUCGGUCAGUGUUGUCGGUCUCCGGUUGGGAGAGACCCUCUCGGCCAGCCAUCACGUUCUCGGACGCCGACUUUGAGGGUGUGUCACCCCAUGAGGAUGACCCUAUCGUCGUAUCGGCGAUAGUCAUGGGUUACAACGUGAAACGCGUACUGGUAGAUCAAGGCAGCUCGGCAGACAUACUAUUUUGGGAAGCUUUUGUUGGUAUGAAAAUUCCGACUGAUCGUCUUAUGUCGUAUAUAGGUACAUUAGUUGGUUUUGCAGGUGAUCAGGUAACAGCUAGAGGAUAUGCCGACUUGGAGACAACUUUCGGCCAGGGAGACCACAUGAAGACUAUCACUGUCCGAUACUUGGUGGUCAAUGCUCAGUCAUCCUACAGCAUACUAGUCGGACGGCCGACAUUGAAUAAGCUGGGAGCGGUCAUCUCCACACCCCACCUGAAGCUGAAAUACCCCUUAGUCCAAGUCAAACUCUUGAAGCUAGAGCAUCCAUAUUAUCAGCCUAGGCUUUGA